AUGAAUAGAUGCGUUGCUAAUCGAGCUCACAGUCGCCGUCGACCUCAUUCAACCGAUCUGACGCGACACGUACGCAGCGCAGCGAAGGAGCUGGACAACUCGCCAUCACUCUGCAUUGAAUCGUCAUUGGACUGCUUAUUGAACGUUGGGACGAAGUUAAACCUAAACUUAAAAAAUGGAUCAGAACUUACAUAUGGGCCAACCAACACAUGA